CCGAUUCACUAUGAAGAGAAAAACUGGAGCGGGGAACCUUUUUCUGGUGGCUGCUACUUUGUGUCUAUGGCACCAGGUGUACUCUCUACAGUUGGAAAGGCUAUCAGGGAACCAGUUGGAAGAAUUGUCUUUGCGGGAACCGAGACAGCCACAAUAUGGGUGGGGUACAUGGAGGGUGCGAUACAGUCGGGGACCCGGGCAGCCAGGGAGGUGUUGUUUUCAAGAGGCCUUAUCACCAAGCAAGAACUACAGGAAGAUCCUGAUGAUAAACAAGACCAG